GAAAUCGUUGCGAAUUUCACCGAUUUCUCCCCUGUUUGGGAUCAAAAGUGCCUGCAAACACGCGGAAAUCAUUGUGCGAUCUGUAGUGCUGAUUUUGCCGGUGUUUUGACCGACGUUCAUGCUGGAAUUCUCACCGAAAAAGGAGCAAAAGUGCAGAUCGAUCGCCGAAUCUCAAGAGUCCCCCGUCGUGUUCUCAGCAGCUGCUGCAAUAAAAAACAAACGAGCAUCGUAAUUGGAGGAGAGGCAUCAAAAUCAUUUCGGGUGAGUUUCGUGUUUUCGCCGCUUUUCCGGGAAUUUCUCGCCUCCCGACGCUUGCUUUUCCACGACUGGCCGAAUCUGCAACUCGAUGGUGCUUAAUAAGUUGUAAAUAUAACGCACAGUUGCAGCUGUCGACCAAAUAAUUUAGCCUCAUAUAUGGUGUCCUCCGUCAACGCAAUGGAUGGGAAGCCUGGGUCGAAAAAGAUAGAGAGUAUUGGCAGGAUGACGCAGAUGACGCAAGAUGAAAUUAUCACCAACACCAAAACGGUGAUGCAGGGCCUGGAGGCCCUGAAGAAUGAGCACAACUCGAUCCUGCAUGGCCUCGAUGGCACCACCGGUUCGCAGCCGUCCUCUCUGCAGUCGGAACCAAAUGUAGUCGAAGAGAAGUCCACCCUUGUCCAGAAGUCACUCGAGAUGAUCGAGCUCGGGCUUGGCGAAGCUCAGGUCAUGAUGGCCCUCGCGUCACAUUUGCAAAUGGUGGAGGCCGAGAAGCAAAAGUUGAGGACGCAAGUCCGAAGGCUGUGUCAAGAAAACGCCUGGUUACGAGACGAGUUGGCAAACACACAACAAAAGCUGCAGGCCUCUGAGCAGGCGGUGGCGCAGCUGGAGGAGGACAAAAGACAUCUAGAGUUCAUGGCGUCGAUCAAGAAGUACGACCAGGACAUCCAGAAUGAUGAGUCGACAACCGACAAAAUGGACAAACCCAAGCAGGACGACCCAGUUGUAGACCUGUUUCCCGAUGAAGAUGAUAAUGAUAGAACAAAUAUGUCACCGACUCCCCAGAGCCACUUUGCGCAGCAGGUGAAUGCCGGCUACGAAAUUCCCGCACGCCUCCGCACUCUGCACAACCUGGUGAUCCAGUACGCGUCGCAAGGCAGGUACGAGGUUGCCGUCCCCCUGUGCAAGCAGGCCCUCGAAGACUUGGAGAAGACCAGCGGGCACGACCAUCCGGACGUGGCCACCAUGCUCAACAUCCUGGCCCUCGUUUACCGAGAUCAAAACAAGUACAAAGAGGCUGCUAACCUGCUGAAUGACGCGCUUGCCAUCAGGGAGAAGACCUUGGGCGAAAACCAUCCGGCGGUCGCGGCAACUUUGAACAAUCUGGCUGUUCUUUACGGAAAGAGGGGAAAGUACAAGGAGGCUGAGCCUUUGUGCAAACGUGCCCUAGAGAUAAGGGAAAAAGUUCUAGGGAAGGAUCACCCAGAUGUGGCCAAGCAGCUCAACAAUCUUGCCCUCUUAUGCCAAAACCAGGGAAAAUAUGAAGAGGUGGAGCGGUACUACCAGAGAGCCCUCGAGAUCUACGAGAGCAAGCUAGGGCCCGACGAUCCCAACGUAGCCAAAACCAAGAACAACCUUGCGUCCUGCUAUUUGAAGCAAGGCAAAUACAAAGAGGCUGAGAUCCUGUACAAGCAGGUGCUUACCCGUGCCCACGAGAGAGAGUUCGGCGCCAUUGACGGUGAUAACAAGCCCAUCUGGCAAGUGGCUGAGGAGCGCGAGGAGAACAAGCACCGCAACAAGGAGAACGUUCCUUACGGCGAGUACGGCGGCUGGCACAAGGCAGCCAAAGUUGACUCGCCCACAGUCACCACCACCCUCAAGAACCUGGGCGCCCUUUACAGGCGGCAGGGCAAGUACGAGGCGGCCGAGACCUUGGAGGACUGCGCUCUCAGGUCAAGGAAAGAGGCCCUUGACAUUGUGAAGCAAGCCAAGGUGGCCCAGAUCCUGGGUGGAGAGACUGUUGCUGAAAAGCGACGCAGCUCUGGCGCAUCGUUAAGCAGCAGUAUGACCGGUUCAAUGGGUCACCGGAGGAGAGGGUCGAGGGAGAGUCUGGAAGCUGUACAAUUCGAGGCUGGUUCCGAAGAGUACGGCAAUCUGAAGAGGAGCGCCUCCUUCUCGAAACUGCGCGCCUCAAUCCGUAGAAGCAGUGCCAAACUGAUGCAGAGGUUUACAAACCGAUCCGUCGACUACAAAGACUCGAUAGAAAAUUACAACAACAGCAUGAAGCGCGCAAGUUCCCUGUCCGUUCUUAGUAAUCAGUUAGCAGAUCAGGUUCCUGGAGAGAAAAAGAUGUCACCAGCUGGCUUACGAGGCAGGACUGCAAGUUCUGAAUAUUUGCGAAGGCUUCAGGACCCAUCAUAGCGACUCCAAACCCAGCAGCUCUCUCUCAUCAUAAAACACACACUCUCUCUUUGAACUUUUCACUCGAUUGACCCUCAGCCUGAAUGGAUUAUUUAAGAAUAUCACAAUUUUGUGUUGCAAAACGUUUUUCCUCAAAAGCGCUUCUUGCCAGCCUAGUUUGCCUGACGGAGAAGACUGGAUUUAAAAAAAGAAAGAAAUCAAUGAAAUUUAGGCUUUUGAUCUUUGUUCAGUUGAAAUAAAAAUUAUUUAAAUAAUCGAGGCUGUCCGUGCCAUGUUCAAAUCGCAAGUGUGGACAUUUUGUAUGUUUUUAAGUGUAAGGAUGGAGUGAGUGGGUCGGGAUGUGAAAAUCUCAAGAUUUUUGUGGUUACGGGAUGCUGAAUGCCUUACUUGAUUUUUGCAACUUGGUUUCGCGCCUUCGUCACUAGUGGAUAGACUGGAAUGUGUAUUUUUUUCUAUAGCUUAGUUGCGAAUAUGCUUAACAAAUUGCCGUCUCUUGCGCUUGAAUAGCUGAGAGAAAUCAUUCAUUCAGGCUCAGUGAUACACGAAACGAAAAUCUCAAUUUUUCCGUUGAGUCACUCUGUAAAAUGCACACAUACAAAAAGGGCAGAAUUAUUUGAAUCAAGGAAGAAGUAAUUAAGUUAGUAAAAUAGUUAUAUAAAACACACGCGCGCGUAAAACUUAAUUAAUACUUAAAAAUUUUUAUUUGUGUAAGGAACAUUUUUGAUUUCCUUGUGAAUUUUCAUUAUAUUAUUUCUUUGUGAUAAUUAUUUUCCUUUUUAAUUUAUAAUUUCCCUGAGAAAUGUCAGAAUGACUGUUUUUAACGAAAAACCUAGGAUUUUUUUAUUAUUAAAUUGUAAUUGAAAUUUGAUUCCGCAGCACUUUUGUGUUGAUUUGAUUCCGUGUUUGAUGAAAUCAUACAUAGCAGUCUGUAUUUCAUGAUAGGUUUGUGUUCUGUUGACGCGGAAACGAUUUAUUAUAUUGUUUGAAAAGAUGUGUUAUUUUAAAAUUUUAGCAUUAAUAUGCAUCUUGCUUAACGAUAAAUAAAAAUAAUGUCGAUCAAUGGCUACAAAGUGCUAAGCUUCAAUAAAUUUGUGAAACUGGAAA